AAAUAAUUUAAAGGAUAUUAAUAUUAACAAAAUGAUAAUUCUCUUAUUAUUAUUAUUUAUUUUUAUUAUUUUAAAUGAUGAAUAUAAAGAAAAAUAUUUUUGUUCACACUAAAAAUAAACAAGAAAAAAAUGAGGAAAUUCGAUCGAUUUUAAAGGAAUUUCAAAAAGGUUAAAAAAAUUUUUUAUGUUUUUUUACUAAUUAUUAAUCAAUAUUAUGAUCAAUAAUCAAAAAUUUAUAAAAAUAAGAAAAAACAAAAGAAAUAUUUCAGCUAUUUUAUCACUAUUAUUUUGUUUCUAUGCAUUUUCCAAUAAUAAACAUUAUGAGAAAUGUACUUUUAAUGUAUCCCUAUAAAUUGAUUACAAUAUACUUAUUAUCAAUAUUAAUCAUCUUUAAUGAUUAUUAUUAUGAUUAUAUAAUGUGUAAUUCAUGUCAUUUACAAACAAACAUUGAAAUAUUUCAUUGUUCCCAUUAUGGAUUAACAACAUUACCUGGAUUUAUCCAUGAAAAUACAAUUGAAUUAGAUUUAUCCUAUAAUCUUAUAGAAAUAUUACAUGAAGAUAGUUUUACACGUUUACAUAAUAUACAAAAAUUAAUUUUAGCACAUAAUAAAAUUUAUAAAAUUACUGAACGUGCCUUUUUACCAAUUAUGAAUUCAUUAAUAUGGUUAGAUUUAAGAUUUAAUCGAUUAAUAUCAAAUUAUCAUAAACCAUUCCCUGUAUUAGCAUUUUCUCAACUUGCUUAUGUACGUUAUUUAGAUUUAAGUGGUAAUGAAUUGAAUUAUUUACCAGCAAGAUUUUUAUAUGGUAUGGGUAUGAGUUUGAAACGAUUAGAAAUGAGUUUAUUAUCAAAUAAAAUUUAUACAGAACCAGAUACAUUUGAUGGUUUAAAUCGAUUGCAUCAUUUAAAUUUAGCUUAUAAUAUAUUUUCUAAUCUUAUGGAAGAUGCAUUGAAUGGUUUAAGACCAGAGCAUUUUUCUUAUUUAAAUUUAGAAGGUGUAAAAUGGACAUGUGAUUGUCACAUAUUAUGGUUUCGUCAAUGGUUAAAUCGAUUACCGAAGAAAGCUUUAUAUAUUAGUUCAAAACCUGGUGGAGAAUGUGCUUCACCAUCACAAUAUCAACAUAUGGCAUUAAUGUAUUUAAAUUUAACCUCAUUACAAUGUGAACCGGAAUUAAUGCAUACUAUACCAUCUCAUCAUGAUGAUAAAAAUGUUAAGAAUAGCGUGAAAAGGAAUCUUACUGAUCGUGAUACCAUACCAAUUCAUGUAUAUGGUAUAGAAGGUGAAAAUUUGACUUUGGUUUGUUCAUUUAUUAGUGAACCUAAAAUGCAUAUUCAAUGGUUUUACAAUGGGAUAUUAAUACAACCACAUUGGUCACAUGUUAUUCAAACUAUUAGUCCUGGAAUAAAAUUUACGACUACAUUAUUUUUUAAACAAUUAGAUAAAACUACAGAUGAAGGUUAUUACAAAUGUCAAGCUAGUAAUUAUAAAGGUCAGGCUUCAGCUACAUUCUAUGUUCAUGUUCAAAAACCGAUCGAACAAAGUAAUCAGUUACGAUUAUUUAACAAGAAUUUAAAUAAUAAACUAGAUUAUACUUCUUUUUUAUUUAAUCCGAUUAUAAUUACUAUAUUUAUCGUUGUAUUCAAUUUCACAUUUAUAAUAACUGUUUUAUGCAUAGUGAAAUGCAUAUACAAAAAACGAUUAUCACAUCAAAGUCAUAGAAAAGGACUGUCUAAUAAAGCAUUGGAAACGAAUAUUGAACCACAUAAUGUAAGUUAUGAAAAGUUGAUAACUGCAAAUUGUGAUUCAAAUAUGAAUAAUAGUAAUAAUAAUAAUAUUCAAACUUUUACACAGAUUAAUCUCAAUCCUAUCAAUAGUAAUCAAAAUCACAAGAUAUGCACUGACUUUAUUUCCACAUCUUCUAAAUUACACAAUGAAAAUUUGAGUAAUAUACGAGAGAUCGAUAAGAUUCAACAGAUAGAUGAUCGAAUAAAUGAUGGAAAUAAAUGUUAUCUAGGUGAUUUAUUAAACAAUAAUAAUAAUAAUAAUAAUAAAAGUAUAUUACAAUCAAAAUUAUUAAAUCAUUCAAUGAAACAAGGAACACCUUCACCACAAAGUAGUGAUAUGGGUUAUUUGACAUCAAAUGCAUCUCAAAAUUGUGAAAGUCUGAUUGAUUUAAAUCCAAAUCAUAAUGAAUAUAAUUCUUCAAUAAAACAGUUAAAACCUAGAGUUUAUUAUACAUUAGGUGUAAGAUCUGGAAAUCAUUCACCUGAAUUAAUUUACUCCUUAAAUAAUACAAAUAAAAAACAUCAUUUGACAUGUUCAAUUGAUCAGGAUUGUUCAAUAUCUGAUAACUCAUUAUCACCAAAACAAAUGUCUUGUUCUCCUGAAUCAUAUUCAUUUCAUCAACAUUCUGACAACUAUCAGUAUAUUAGUCAAAAUACAAAAAAUGUUUAUCAUGAUAAGACAUUUGAUCACAUUUCCUGUCCAGUACAUGGAUUAAUAAAUAAGAAUGAAAAUGAUUUCAAUCCAGUUUAUUUAAUACAAAAUCAAAAUAAUUCUGACUGUCCAAUCCAUGGAAGUAAAUCUUUCACAAAUUUAGGCAAAUCUAUUUAUAAAAGUGAAUAUAAACUAAAUAAAUCUAAACAAUAUCCCAAUAAAUCUUUAAGUCUAAAUUUAAAUUAUUUAAAUAGGACCUUUCUAGAAUCAAUAAAGAUGAAUUCUUUAGAUGAAACUUGUGAUGACAUUAAGAAUUUACGACAACAUCAUAGAAUUAAUUGCACAUAGUCAAAGAUUUUGACUUUCCAGUUCAUAGAAUAAAUACCAUUAUAUCAGGUAAACAAUUUGCAAAUUAAUCUAUUUAUUGUUGAUUAUAGAUAUUUCUAUUGUUAUUUUAAACAAUAACAAAUGUAACUUAAUAAAGUUUGAUAUAAAAAUAAAUUAUUAUAAUGAAUGA